UCGAAUUCUUCUUUAGAGAUUACGCCCAAGGCAGACCACUAGCUCUUAAAGUUUUGGGUUCUAAACUAUAUAGGAAGUCUAGAAUAGAGUGGGAAAGCGAGGUGGAUAAACUAAAGGAAUAUGCCCAACCACAAAUAUCCCAGAUUUUGAAGACUAGUUUUGAUGGGUUGGAUGAGCUUGAGAAGAAGAUAUUUCUUGACAUAUCAUGCUUCUUUAAAAGAGAAUCCAAGGAAGAAGUAAAAGAAAUUCUAAGUUGCUUGUAUAAGGGGGUAGAGUCUGGAAUAAGCAACUUAGUUGACAAAUGCCUAAUUGAUAUCAAUUAUGGAUACGUCUAUGCAUGAUAUGCUCGAAGAGAUGGGCAAGGACAUCGUUCGCCAAGAGGACCUGGAAGAGCGUAAUAGGUUAUGGAGUCUCAAAGACAUGAAUCAAGUGUCCAAAUAUGAUAAAGUGAAUAAAUCAAUUGAAGGAAUAAAUGUGCACAUGAUUGAAACUGAAAACAUACAGUUAUGCCCUACAAUUUUUGGAAACAUGCUUAAUCUUAGAUAUAUGGACUUUUGUGUUCCUUGGAGAUUGUUGGAAAAUGAGAAGCUACUUGUAGAUGGAGUCGAUAGUGUAUCUCUUCCAAAUGAGUUAAGGUAUCUUGGUUGGGAUUUUUAUCCUUUCAAAUCUUUAUCACCAAGUCUUAACCCAAAGAAUCUUGUCAUAUUAAAAUUAUGGCGUUGCAACAUGGAACAUCUUUGGAAUGAUGAUCAUCAGGAUCUUGUUUAUUUAAGGAAAAUUGACCUUACUGAUUGCAAGAAUUUAAGAAAGAUCCCUAACCUUUUGGGAGCUAUCAACCUCAAAAGCCUGGACUGUAGUGGGUGUGAAAGUUUGGUUGAACUUUCUCGCCUCACUCAUUUGACAUCUCUUGAAACCCUUCGACUUUCUGGAUGUAGUAGUCUGGAGAAGUUUCCUGAGCUCCCAAAUAACCUUUCUGAGUUGGAUUUAUCAUUCACUGGAAAUGAGGAAGUGCCUAAUUCAAUUGAGCAUCUCUUUAGUGUGUAAUUUUGAAAAAGAAAACAUCUAUGAGUUGAGGAAAUGUGCAUCGUAUGUGGAAGAAAUUGUCUAAGCCUCCAGUUGUA